AUGCUACCGGUCCGACGUGCCCUCCUACAUCACCUUCGGAUACCCACUCAUCCAGCCUAUCAGAUACAACAAAGAUCUUCCCGAGCGGUCUCUUUCUCCACUCCAAGAGCCUUCAGUUCCACCUCCUUUCGGCCCUUCUCCAACACAGCAGCAGCGAUGACGGCCUACCCUUCUAUUCAAGCUUACAAGAGCGAGAUGCUCGACGUUGAUGACACCCACUCCAUUUCGAUUCGCCAAUACGGUAAUCCUCAAGGUGUUCCCGUUGUGUGAGUUCCCGGGAGUCUGCGCUGGGUGGGGCAACCCGACGUCGUUGCGGCCUUCUGGCGAAUGACCUCGGGCCCGAAGCGCUCUCCUCUUCUCCGCCGUCAUACUCUUCCACCUCAAGGUACACCUAACUAACCUCUCCUUCCUCUCCCCUCCAGCCACAUUCACGGCGGUCCCGGAGGCGCGUGUUCGGAUCGCGACGCCACGCAUUUCAACCCCUCGACCUAUCGCAUCGUACUCUUCGACCAAAGAGGAUGCGGUGAAUCGACUCCCCCCAGUUGUUUGAAGGACAAUACGACGCGACAUUUGAUUGAGGACAUCGAGACGAUUAGGAAACAUUUGGGCGUAGGGGAAAGUUGGCAUGUCUUUGGGGGCAGUUGGGGUGAGUGGAUGAAUUUGGACGGGGGUCAGGAGGGGUUAAAUUGGGGUCUGAUUGCAGGUUCGAGUGCGUUCGUUCAGGUUCGACGUUGAGUCUUGCGUACGCUCAAGCUUAUCCCAAGAGCGUCAAGUCCCUCACUCUUCGAGGUAUCUUCACCGUACGUCGAAGCGUACCCAACAGCUCCCGAAAAACAAAGCCUCUUUCUAAACAGAUUUUUUCGGAUCCAGCUCCGCAAAGAAGAACUCGACUUCUUUUACCAAGGACCCGGCACCUCCUUCCUCUUCCCCGAAUACUGGGAUGAAUACGUAUCGGUCAUUCCCGAAGCCGAACGAGGGGACAUGGUCAAAGCGUACCAUAAACGAUUGACGGGGGACGAUGAGGAGGAGAGGGCCAAGGCGGGUAAGGCUUGGUCCACGUGGGAGAUGUCGACGAGUCGAUUGAGGGUCGAUCCGGACUAUAUCAAAAAGGCGGAUGCACCAGGGUUUGCGGAUGCGUUUGGUGAGUUUGGCGAGAAGGAAGGCGGGGUUUUUGUGUGCUGAGGAGAAGGGCCACUGAUCGUGGGUUGGGUACGCACGCAGCCCGAAUUGAAAGCCACUACUUUGUCAACGAAGGCUUCCUCCCUCAAGGCGAAUUGCUCAAGCAGGAGAACAUUGACAAGAUUCGCCACGUACGUAUAUCAUUGAUCCAUCUUCACGGCCACGACCCUGACAUAACGCGUUCGGCCUCUCCAGAUCCCGACGGUCAUCGUUCAAGGUCGCUACGACUGCGUGUGCCCGAUGAAGACUUCUUGGGAGUGAGUGCCUUUCUGCUUGACCCUCGCCUACUUCCUAAGCAUUCUGAUAUCCUUUCCCUUGAACUAGUCUACACAAAGCCUUCCCCGAGGCGAAGUACAUCGUCGUUCCCGAUGCGGGUCACUCGGCGAUCGAGGAAGGGAUCGAAAAGGCCUUGUUGGAAGCGACGGACGAGUUCUCCAAACUGCAAUAA